UAAAAGUACAACCCUGGCCUGCAUGCUUUGCUUUCUUUGCUUACCGCUCACAAAACAUAUUAAUCAAGUUGUUCUUUACUUAUAAUAAGGCGACCUUGCUAAUCUCUUCCUCUUUGUUAAACCUCUCAUUCAAAGCUCCCCUCGCUCUUACUGCUCUUUUUAGUCCUCCAACGACUCCAACGUGAAUGCCCCCAAUAAAUCUUCGUCUCCUUUUCUCUCGUCGCGGAUAUAUUCGAACCUUAUCCAACCCUCGGACACAGUAGUUAUCUUCAUACUCUUGCCCCUUCUCUCUCCCUCUCUCUCUCUCUCUCUCUCUCACCAAUGGCUGACAGAGUGCUCCUCUUCUGCAUUUUCUUCUCUUUCUGUUUCGCUUCGGUUCUCUCUCGAACCUUGCCAGUCGGUUCGGAGAAUACUGCAUUUCUUGAUGUUUCCGCUUCGGUUCAGAAGACUUUAUUCUUGUUUUCGUCCGAUUUCGGGUCUACGAAGAUGCCGAACCAGCGAGAAGAGACCUCGUCUUCUUCUUCCGUUUCUUCACUGUCAUUUGAGCUACAUUCUCGAUCGGCGCUUCAUCGAGCUCAGCACAAAGACUACAAGUCGCUGACCUUGGCUCGACUCGACCGUGACUCAGCCCGAGUUAAAUCGCUUCAGGCCAGGUUAGAUCUGGCUAUCCGUGGGGUUACUAAGUUGGAUCUCAAGCCGGUUGACACUGAGUUCGAGACCGAGAACUUCGAAGGUCCGGUGAUUUCAGGGACGAGUCAAGGGAGCGGUGAAUACUUCUCCCGAGUCGGAAUCGGCCACCCGCCGACUGAGGCGUACAUGGUCCUCGACACGGGGAGUGACGUUAACUGGGUGCAAUGCGCACCCUGCGCCGACUGUUACCAGCAAACCGACCCGAUCUUCGAGCCGGCCGCGUCGUCCUCCUACGCGCAGCUCACGUGCGACACUCGACAGUGCAAAUCGCUUGACGUGUCGGAGUGCCGGAACGACACGUGCCUCUACCAGGUAUCCUAUGGCGAUGGAUCGUACACGGUCGGCGACUUCGUCACAGAGACCAUCACGUUCGGCAACUCCAACUCGGCGAACAAGAUAGCCAUCGGCUGCGGCCACAACAAUGAAGGCUUGUUCGUCGGAGCCGCUGGCUUGCUCGGCCUCGGUGGCGGCAUGCUCUCGUUCCCUUCCCAAAUCAACGCCUCCUCGUUCUCGUACUGCCUCGUGGACCGCGACUCGGACUCGGCCUCAACUCUCGAGUUCAACUCAGCAACACCGCCAAACGCCGUCACUGCUCCGUUAGUCCGCAACCACAAGGUCGACACAUUCUACUACCUCCAGCUAACGGGAAUCAGCGUCGGUGGCCAGCCACUGUCAAUCCCUCCAACUUUCCAGCUGGACGAUAACGGCGAAGGCGGAGUUAUUAUCGACUCAGGAACGGCGGUGACUCGGCUGCAGACCGAGACAUACAACUCGCUCCGUGACGCGUUCGUUAGGGGCACGAAGCACCUGCCGUCUACAAGCGGCGCGGCUUUGUUCGACACGUGUUACAACCUGUCCUCGAUGAAGAAAGUGGAGGUCCCAACGGUGUCGUUUCAUUUCUCCAACGGGAAGACGUGGUCGUUACCGGCCAAGAAUUACCUGAUUCCGGUGGACUCUGCCGGGACGUUCUGCCUCGCGUUCGCACCGUCAUCGUCUUCGCUGUCCAUUAUCGGGAACGUCCAGCAGCAGGGGACACGUGUCAGUUACGACCUUGCCGAUUCUCUAGUUGGGUUCUCUCCCAAUGAAUGUUAAUGCCUAAUCAAGCUUUUUUUUAACCCUCUAAUUUUGCUUUAUUUUAUAUAAUAUGCUUUGGUUAGAAUAUUCGAGUGUGUGAGUUGGUUGAUGGCAGUGGGCCGACCCGACGAUCAAUAAGUGCGGGUGGGCCCCGAUGGUUGGGUGAGUAUCAAUGUUUCUCUUUGUAUAGUAAAUCGGAGGAAGGCUUGAGGGUAUUAAUGGAAGAUAGUUGAAAAGGUUAAUGAAUGUCACGUGGCCGCCGUUACAGUGUCAAAUGAAGGUCAGCUUUUGCGGUGACACGUGGCUAGGUCAUAUUGUUUCUCGGGAGAUGUGAUUGCUGUGGAUAUGUGGCUCUGAUUAAUCUAUUUCUCUUGGGAAGA